UCUUUCUUUUAUUUAUCAAUAAUCAAUUUUUAUAAUUUUAUUAUUGUUGACAAUGUAUGUUUAUUAAAAUUGGUUAAUAAUACAAUAUAUCCAAAUCUGCAUAUUGUGCUAAAUAUAUAACCAUAAAGUACAAUUUUUUGUCCAGUUUCAUUUAACUGAAUAGUUAUUAGUUUAUUAAAACAAUAAUACAAUGGUCGACGUCUUGAAAGUAUUGAUUAAUGCAUCAGAAAAAGCAGCGUGCAUUGCUCGUUCUUGUUGUAAUGGAGCAUCAGAUGAAGUACUUUUAGUAGCUGAAAAAGGCGAAGGAGAAGCAAACGCCCGCUUUGAUAAGGAUUUUAAAACCAUUGCCGAUGUUUUAGCACAAGAAUCUGCUAAAAGUGAAAUAGGCGUACACAGCCCUAAACUAGCACAAAAUACGAGAGGUGAAGAAUGUUCUGAAAUUGGAGGAAUAUAUAUUAAACUCCAAGAGACCUCUGAAAAAACAGCUGAAUUGCUGAGCUCACUGGUCACUCCAAGUGUAGCUAAACGAAUGUCUGAAGCAGCUCACACUCCUGUAACUCUUUCUCUUGACUUACCAAAGAAUCUAGAACCAAUUGAUGUUAACGAUUUAGGAGUUUGGAUUGAUCCUAUUGAUGCAACUGGAGAAUUUAUAUCUGGAGUUCGUGGACAAGCAAAUGCAGGCUGUGGUUUGCCUUGUGUAACGGUUCUCAUUGGCGCUUACCUUAUAUCAACAGGAGAACCAGUGAUGGGAGUUAUUAACCAACCAUUCUAUAACAAUGGAAAAGGUCGGAUAAUAUGGGGUGUAAACUAUGCCAGUACUAAAGAAUGGGGCACAACAGAAACAAAAUCUGUGGCUCACAGUAACAUUGUACUUAUGAGCAGUGCUGAAAAUUUAGAUGUUGUUAAUAAAUUAAAGAAAGCAGAUUUGGAAGUGAAGUCUGUUCCUGGUGCAGGUCAUAAGCUUCUUAAAGUUGCUCUUGGAGAGGCAGGGAUAUAUAUUGUUUCUAAAGGAACAACAUUUCGUUGGGAUACAUGUGCACCACAUUCUAUACUACGAGCUAUGGGUGGUGACAUAGUGUCUUUCAAUACACACACUCCAAUAACAUACAAUGAUCCUGAGGAUGUAGAAACACAACAAUAUUGCAAUUUUGGUGGAAUAAUUGCAUAUUCUGAUCCAAAAGUAUUUGAAAAUAUUAAAAGUAUUUUAGUUUGAAAUACUUUUAAUAGAAAUAAUUAAUUUGCUAAACCACUGAAAGUGAAACCUUGUCUUUUAGUACCUGAUUGUUGCAUUAGAAAUGCAAUAUAUUGAUAUUGUGAUAGUGAUGUUAGUUUUCUUUUUGAUCUCAAUUGAAUUAAUAAUAUUAAUUAGGUUAAUAGUAUUGAUAUUUUCUUGGUAUUACAAUUAAUGUGUGAUUUGUAUAUUAUUCAAUGUAUUUAUCU